CUUGUAAUUCCAGCUAGAAAAAAUAUCUAUAAAUAGAUGGAUCCUAAUUGAUGAGUGACAUACCAAUCCCAUUUUCAAGUAAGCCAUAUAUACACAUAAAAUAAGCAAUAAUCAAUGGGGUAUUUGAUGUUGUUGGUUGUUAGAGUGGUGAUGUGUGUGUAUAUGUUUAUGAUGUUCCAUUUUGCAUGUUUGUCUUCGCAUCUAUGCCAUCUCGAUGAGAGUUCUGCCUUGCUUCACUUUAAGACCCAAUUCAUUUUUAACCCUUCAUUUUCUGAAUAUUUUUAUGAGUAUGAGUGCCCCCAUGUCUAUCCAAAGAUGAGUACGUGGGAAAAUGGGACAGAUUGCUGCUCAUGGAUGGGUGUCACGUGCCACUCUGUGUCUGGUCACGUGAUUGGCCUCGAUCUCAGUUGUGGUGCUCUUGUAGGUAAUAUGAAUCCCAAUAGCACUCUUUUUCAUCUUACUCAUCUCCAAACACUCAGCCUUGCAUUCAAUGAUUUUGAUGGUUCUCAAUUGCCUUCUCAGUUUGAAAGGCUUGUGAGUCUCAUACACUUGAAUUUAUCCAGUUGUGGGUUUGAAGGUGAUAUUCCUUCUCAAAUCUCACACCUUUCCAAAAUACAAUUACUUGAUCUCUCUUGGAAUAAUGAUUUGAAGUGGAAAGAAACAAGUUGGAAAAGAAUGUUGCAAAAUGCAACAGCUUUACGUGAGAUUGUAUUGGAUGAGACAGACAUGUCUUCCAUUAGCUUAACACCAAACCCUUUGUCCAAUUGGUCUUUUUCUUUUUCUUUGGUUACUCUUAGUCUUAGUAUUACCAGAAUAAGGGGACACUUGACAAGUCACGUUCUCUGUUUACCCAACCUUCAUGAGCUCAAUCUAUACGGAAAUGAAAACAUUCAAGUCCAUGUUCCAAAGUUGAAUUGCAGUACUUCUCUUAGUUUUUUGGAUAUUUCAUGGUGUCAAUUCCCAGGAUCACAAAUCCCUGAUUCCUUUUCUAACCUCACACAGCUAACUUUUUUGGACUUGUCUCAAAAUGGAUUCAAUGGUUCAAUCCCAUCAUUGCUCUCAAACUUUCAGCAUCUCACUCACUUGGACCUUUCACACAAUGCAUUCACUGGUUCGUUCCCAUCAUUGCUCUCAAACCUUCAGCAUCUCACUCACUUGGACCUUUCAUUGAAUGCAUUCACUGGUUCGUUCCCAUCAUUUCUUUCAAACCUUCAUCAUCUUGUUUACUUGGAUCUUUCAUGGAAUAAAUUUAGUGGUCAAAUUCCAAAUGUGUUUGAUAGGCACACCAAGUUGCAAACUCUCUUCCUUCAUGAUAACACUUUGGAAGGAAAGUUGCCAUCCUCGUUGUUUGUCUUAACUCAACUCUCUUCCUUGGAUUGUUCUAAUAAUAAAAUUGAGGGACCGCUACCCGACAAAGUAGCCUUUUUAAAUCUCACUCAAUUAAAUCUAGAAGGCAACUUAUUAGAUGGGACAAUUCCUGAGUGGGCCUUAUCCCUCAAGUCUUUGAGAUCCUUAGAUCUAUCAAAUAACAGAUUCAGAGGGCACAUAAGUGAAAUUACAUCUUAUUCCUUCGAGUAUUUAGACUUGUGCAACAAUGAGCUCCAAGGAAAUUUUCCAGAAUCCAUUUUUCAUCUUGUCAACCUUACUGAUUUGUGCUUGUCUUCAGAUAACUGGAGCGGUAUUGUCCACUUCCCACUCUUCUCUAAGCUUCAAAACUUGGAGUAUCUUCAUCUUUCAGGUUGUAGUUCAUUAUUGCUAAAAUCUGAAACUAGUGUUAAUCACACUUUCUCCAAUUUGAUGGCACUGCAGUUGCUUUCUAGCAAUAUUACUGGUUGGUUGGAAUUCUCCGGAAAAUUUCCAAAUUUGGAUUAUCUUAAAUUGUACAACAAUAGUCUUCAGGAAAAAGUGCCAGAAUGGAUACAUGGUAUGGAUUCAUUAACUUAUUUGAAUCUCUCACACAACAAUUUUACAUUGAUGGACCAUUUCCCAUGGUAUCGACUUCAAAACCUUGAUCUUAGUUUCAACUCGAUGGCUGAUGACAUUUCUUGCUUCUUUUGUAAUGUAACCUUGUUGAAAAUUAUCAACUUGUCCCACAACAAAUUCACAGGAACAUUUCCACAGUGCCUUGCCAAUAGCUCAUCCCUUGAAGAUUUGGAUCUACAAAUGAACAAACUUCAUGGAACUUUGCCAGAUAACUUUCUGGAUCUUACUACACUGAAUCUCAAUGGCAACAAUUUCGAAGGUCUAUUGCCGAAAUCUUUGUCCAAAUGCCCAGGACUUGUGGAUUUGGAUCUCGGUAACAAUCAAUUUGAGGACACGUUUCCCAAUUGGCUUCAGAAUAUAUCAAAUUUGGAAAUACUGGUCUUACGAGGCAAUAAGUUGUACGGUCAGAUUGUAAAUUUGAAAUCUGAAAAGAUAUUUGCAAGUUUGAUUAUUUUUGACAUAUCAUGCAAUAACUUUAGCGGCUCAUUACCAAAAGCAUACAUACAAAAUUUUCGAGCCAUGAAGAUUGUUCAUGAUGAUGUGCAAAGCCCUUUGUCUUAUAUUGAAGCAGAUUGGCAAGUUAGUCACGGCACAACAGAAUAUGACAGUUCUAUGGUUGCAACAAUUAAAAGAGUCAGUCUUCCUUUAACGAAAAUUCCAAGAGUCUUUGUAAUUAUUGAUUUGUCAGAAAACAAAUUUGAAGGAGAGAUUCCAGAUGAUUUUGGGGAGCUUCAUGGACUCAUAGGCCUCAAUCUUUCUCAUAACAGACUUGUUGGUCAUAUUCCCCACUCUUUGGGAAAUUUGACAAAUCUUGAAUCAUUGGAUCUCUCCUCAAAUAUGCUUACUGGGGAUAUUCCUACUGACUUAAUAAAUCUGAACUUUCUUGAAGUCUUGAGUCUUUCCCAAAACCAGUUGGUGGGACCAAUACCCAGAGGAAAACAGUUUGAUACAUUUUCAAAUGAUUCCUAUGAGGGAAACACGGGGUUAUGUGGAUUUCCAUUGUCAAUUCAAUGCAACAACAAUGUCCCUUUGCAACAAUAUCCAUCUUCUGAGGCUGAAGACAAAUUUGGGUUUGGUUGGAAGCCAGUGGCAAUAGGAUAUGCAUGUGGAAUGGUACUUGGAAUAGGAUUGGGAUAUUGUGUUUUCUCAAUUGGAAAGCCUGAAUGGCUAGUGGUCCUCUUUGGAGGUAAAAGGACCAAAAGGAGGAGCCGUGGAAACCGCCGGCGUGCAAGAACAACUCUGUUUCAGCUUUUGGUUGUAAUGUAAAUGUGUAAUAAGUUUAUGUCUUGUGCUUUUGUGUUUUUCAUGUUUUAUUUGAUUUGGUGUCGUCUUUUUCUUUUACUUUAUGGAUGUCUACAAGUCUUGUCGAUAUUUAUAGUAAGUACUUGUUCUAUAGUUGUAAGAAAUGUUGCAAGUAAAUUCUGUUUUCGAAGUAUAUAUAUG